UUCUUUGCUCGCCAUUACUCACUCCCCACUCCCUUCCCUACUCCCUUGUUUACGUUAGCCGCCGCAUCCAAUUGAUGGCGCUAUUGCACGACCAAUUGCGGUAUGUUCUUCCCGGUUCUCCCUCUUUUUCACCUUUCCCGCAAAUUUUCCGUUCCCAGCUCGCCGUCGCUGCACAUCCAUCUUUGAAAGUCAUUAUUUCAGCCGGCAGCCAUUUAGUCAGACAUAAAGAAAAAAAAUCUCGUGUCAAGAAAUAACCUAUUUUUGGGACCUCUUCAGUAAUACGCGCUUUGGAAAUAAGAUGGAAAAUGAAGUUGGCUCCCUUACUCCCUUUAAGAAGAUGCUGAAUGACAUGAGGAGGAGGUGGAGACUGGAGGAUCUGGAGAAACUCGCUCUCGGCUACGUUGUCAGCAAUUUUGACCUUUUCUCUGAGCAAAACCAAUUUGCUAUUUUACCCAACCAAUUGCGUGAUGAUGUCUUGCAAAGAGUGCUGUGGUUUUGCUGGUGGGGUAACAACGUCGACCCAGAAAUGUUCCCAAAGCUUUUCAAAGCGCUGCCCCAGCUGCUGAGUCCUCACACCAGAAAAGUGAAUUUGGAUGGCUUCUUCAGUUUUCACCCUCAAAAUUCUGAGAAAGCUGCUGCUGUGAUCCAAGUUUUCGGCUGGAUCGCUCGUCUCGCUCCGAACGUGGAGGAAUUGUUCUUGCGCAGAUUUGGAAUCAGGGUCCAUCCCGUGGAUUCUCUGCUUCAGCCACUCAGCCAAAUGAAAAAUCUGAGAAAAAUGCAGCUCAAACUCUGCAGGUUUCGCUUCUCCGACCUGAGCAAGCUGUGCGGCGAUUUGCCCAGUCUGCAAGAGGUCAGUGUCGGCGCCAUUUGGUGUCUGGUGCGUGAUUUGGGAGAUGGCAGCGAGCACGAGAAAAAUUUGCAGAAUCUCAGGGUGCUCGAGAAAAUCCGUUGGAGAUCGCACCACCGCACAUUGCUCGCCACCGUGGCUCCCCAUCUUGAUUGCAUCGUUGCUACUCGCUGAUUGUUCUUCAACCUCAACAGCUCCAGUUUUAUUAUUGUAGAAAUAAUAUUGUCAAGAGACGGCCUCGGCCUCUCGUGUUACUUUAUUAAUAGAUAUCAUUAAUUUCUUCUA